AUGUUCAAAGAAUUUAUGCGUUUUUCUGAAUUAGAGAAUGAACCAAUGAAGGAAUCAUGCGUAAGCGAAGGAGGUAUACUUCUUGAGUGUGACCGACCUGGAAUGGUGGAUGACGUUGCAGACAUUCUUAGGAGUCUCUAUGACAAUGGGCUUCAUGAGUCUUCAUGGCUCGUUUCGCGACGAGGAGGAGAAGCGCCGAGAGCGAUCAGUCGACAAGCUGGAGGUCACUAUAAAAUAAUCGAUGUUCCAUCAUCAGCAGCUUUUCCCUUCUUAUGCUCGCUUACUCGCACAGGAAGACGAUCGCUUCUUAUCCAGGAUAUGCUGCUCAAUACAGGAGCUCCACGUCUUACCUCUCACGCUGCUCCAGAAGUAUUCUUUCACACAAGAGCCGAUGCCGACUACGUUGUGCUGCCCUGCUCGGCUGAAGGAAAUCCACCGCCAGAGAUAACAUGGUUGCAGAACGAUAUCGAUGUGGUGAUUCCGUCAGCUUCCGGUGUGUCCUACCUUCUCUCCGGAGGUUCUUUGCUUGUUCCUGCCGAGCCGUCUUUGGCCUACUCGUCUUUUCACUGCACAGCCAAGAAUAAAUUCGGUGAAGUGAGAGGUCCUUCAACAAUUCUGAAGCCAGCAUUUCUUGAAUCCUUCCGUCCACAUCGAGGAAACGUUGUCCCAUUGUACAAUGGCGGUGCGAAACUCGAGUGCGAAGCUCCAAAUCAUCAACCGAAGCAUUGGUGGCAGAAAUUAAUAUUAUUGAGAAAGAACAAUUUGGUGCUAGCUAGGGAGGAGUCGUACUCAUUUUUGUGGCUCUAUGAUUCAUCUACCGAUCGGAUUCUACCGAAUUCGGAGAGGACACUCGUGUCAUUGGAUGGGACACUAUAUUUUUCCUACGUAACCAAGGACGAUGAGACAAGCUACGCCUGCUCACUUUCCCUGACGUCCACGCAGUCAGGCCAUUAUGGGCCUUUCUUUCGACUGCAAGUGCCCAUUCCACAAGAGAUGCCAUUUGCGCCUCGGAUUGACUCUUCGCAGCCACAGGUCUUCCCUGAGGCGCCUACACUAGGGUCAGCAGUAUAUCUGGAAUGUUUCGCGUAUGGAAACCCAGUGCCUGUCUACAAGUGGACGCGAGUGGAUGGAAGGCGAAUCAACAAGAAAGCAAUAUAUACACAGUAUGGACGAGUGCUUCGGAUAGACCAUGCAGAAGCUUCCGACAACGGCAGAUACAAGUGCUCUGCGGGAAAUUCGCUUGGGGUAGCAGCUGGAGAGGUCACACUCACGCUGAGAACCCCUCCCUCCAUCAUAAUCCCAUUAUCUGAUCGGGUAGUUCCAUCAGCAUCAUCUUUCACGCUAGAAUGUCCGCUAUCCACCAUGGACAUGCAAUCAUCCGUAGAAUGGUUCAAAGACGCAAAGCCCAUUGUACCUCUACUUAUGCCUAGUCAACAAAGGCGGCGAUUUACCGUCGAACAGAAUAUCUUGAUAGUCAAUUCCACGACUGAAGCUGAUUCUGGAGUUUAUCAGUGCGUGGUCAGCAACGAAGUGGGAGUGGUUUCCUCCUCAGCUUACGUACUGAUUCGUGAUUCACCUCCAGUUUUUCCUCGACAGUCGAUGCCGAAAAAAUUGUUUGCUGUGAAUGGGAGCUCAGUGACGGUGCCGUGCUACUAUUAUGCUUCCCCAAGAGGACAUAGUCGAUGGGCUGACGCUGGUGGAGUCAAACUUCCCCACAAAGGCCGAGUUCGUGACCAUCACGGAGUUCUGCAUAUCCAAAGCGUGCUACCAGAUGAUGCCGGAUAUUUUUUCUGUACAGCCCAUAAUCGACAGGGAAAGGCGCAUACACAAGUGGAACUAGUAGUUGUUGAUAAAGCGCAGGUCCAAGUAAGCUCCGAGAGCUCGGCUCCUGAGAGUGCCGUGAAUAUCUCGUGUUCCGUAGCCGUAGACUGCGGAACUUCAUCGGAAUGUCCGGAGGCGUUCUUCAAGUGGACAUUCGAUAAUCGGUCACUGGAUUCGUUGCCAAAACUGCACAUCAAGACGAAGUUUCGUGAACAGAUGCGUCAUUCAAGCCAUGGACGUCGACUGGUGCAGAAAGUUGAUCUUCAGAUGUCACCUCCUACCAACUCUGCAAAACCCAGCAAAGUUGUCUGCUUUUCUCUGUAUGGCGAAGACGCAUUGGAGCUCACCCCAAAACCUCUGAUCCCAGCUCCACUAGCUGUAAGGGCAGAGCAGGAUGAGCAGGCAGUCCGACUGGCUUGGAGGAAACCCAGUACUCAUCGUGAUAUAAGGAAUCAUGCAAUAAGCGGAGAGAAUGAAGGAUCUGGUGGGUAUUUAGUAGAGCUCCGUACCAAAGAAGACAGACAAUGGAGACCUGCUCCUCGAGAAGUUGUGGGAGAAACUGACUCCCAAAGCGUUACACUCGAUGGUCUUUCGCCAAAUACUCUGUACCAGUUUCGCGUUCGAACGAUUGACUCGGUCAGUUCUGGCGAUUUGUCUGCUCCUACAUCUUGGAUAAGAACCCCUCCAGCUGCACCAGUCGAAGCUGUCGACGGACUACGAUGGAAAGCGCUUGACAACAAUACAAUUUUUGUCGAAUGGAACCCGGUGGAAACGGCCCAUAGCUCUGGUGAUCAUCUUCGAUAUAGACUUUCAUGGUCGUUAGAAGACAACAACGCUAAGAUUGAAAAUAUAUCUGAAGGGGAACGCAAUUUUCGCACGCAUCACGUUGAAACCAAGACACCACAAGCGAUUGUUAGAAUGAACACAACGGAUGAGUGUCGAAUGUUGAUUUUCUCCGUCAGACCAGUGAACGAUCAGGGAAUUGGACUUACCAGCACUGAUACAGUAGCUUUUGUAAAUAACAAAGGGGAGCCACGUAAAGUGCAUUUUACAAACGUCACUGCCCUAAAUUCUACUCAUAUAUUCUUCACAUGGGAAUGGGAUAAAGUCAAUGAAUGUGGAAGAGCACGGGCUGUUCAGCUCAAUUGCUCAACAGACGACGGCGAUUCCAUUGCUGUUGCCAUCGCUGCCGAUUUAGCCGAGUGGAUUUUGGGAGGGCUAAGCCCUGAUACAAAAUACACUUGCACCCUUCAGCCCUUCGACAGCAAUGAUAGCUACGAUGAAACAAACUCUUCUGUAGAAGUGACGACGAAGCAAAGACCGCCCUCCGAAGCCCCUACUAUCAAUAAACUCUCGUUGAGAACAGUGGAAAACGAGGUGGGCUAUACCACCAUCAUCGAGUGGACAGCUAUAGAUUUCCCGCAUUCGAAUGCCACUGAUUCGACUACUGGUUAUAAGAUAUUCGUUUACGUGUCGGAAACUGCCUCGGAAGCUGUGGUAUUGACAAUGCCUAGCAGUAGACUUACAAAUCCAGAUCGACCAAGUGCUCGUAUAGAUGGCCUUCGACUCAUGUAUAUGUACACAAUUCAGGUUGCUGGGUACAAUUCAGGUGGUGUGGGACCACUUAGCUCUCCUCGUAUCAUUCGCCUUGGUCCUCAAUCUACGCUUGAUGAGCCCUCAUCAACAUGCUACUGCCGGUUACAGAAAAUCAUAUUUAUUGUUAUGUUACUACUGCUGUUAUAAGGUUCCAAACUUGAGCCUAAACAGCGGCUACUACCCUCCUCAUUGUAACUAGUUUUCCACAUAUGUUGUCUACUGCCAUCUCCAUGUCAAGUUGAUACCGGUGUUGUUUUGAGAUUCUUUCCAGAUAUCACUUCAGUCUAUCGAAUGUGCCAUAAUCAGGAUGCCCUUUAUGUGCAUAUCACUUGAUUAAAUAAUUGUCACCGUCUGCAUUUGAUUUUGAGCGCUGUACAAAUGAAAAAAGUAAAGGACUUCUAGCCUACUUUGUGCGUCAGAUCAAUCGCCUUCAAGACAGUUCUACCCUUUUUCAACGCUCUUUUGCUCUUUCUGAUGUGGUGGAAGAAAUCUGCAAAGUGGAAGUGAGCAUCAUUGUUGUUUGAAACCAAGAGACUUGUCAAAUCUCCAUCUUAUAUAUAAGAAAAUCUGUGUGUCUGUUUGUCUGUGCACAUUUUCCA